ACGAAACUGACACGAAUAUGUUCUUGUAUCUUUUCUGGUUUUCAUGGUGGUUGAAUUCACGAACAGAGAUGCAAUUGGAUUCAUUGCUUUUACAGCAGACCAGCCUCUCAGGGUCUUCCCAGAGUCCCAGAUCCCCUUCUACACAGCCCUUCUUAUCAGUUUCUGUAACUGACCCUGCGAAAUUGGGGAAUGGCGUCCAAUCUUACAUCUCCUACCGAGUCAUCACCAGGGGCCUGUGGAUUCAAAAUCCAAUUAUGCCGUGUUCUUCGAUUAUCGCGUUCUGAACAAGUACUGGUGUUUGACGAAAACAUGAUUCUCUAUAAGACUAGCAAAACAUGAGCGAUUAGCCUGAACUUGUGUUUGCUAUAGAAUUUCUUUUAGAGAAUUUGGAGAUUUAAAGUCGAGAUAAAAGAGCCUGAAGUUUGAAAUUAAGAAAGUGAAGAAGAGAAUUAUCAGGUUGACAAGAGGCGUAAUCUGAGCAGGGUUGGACCCUCAAAACAGCUGGUCCUAUUCGAUUGAAUGAAACUUGGUUCUGGUGCAUACAUGUAUCCUAGCAGUUAACUUGCUUGUUGGAGCUUGAUGAAUAUCUAUGAACUAGAAGGCGCAUUAAUAUCAAGUACAAUUGUAUUGACAAAUUUGCCUGAAUAUCAAGGUCCAGAGAAGAUUGUCAUCCGGCGUUACAGUGAUUUUAUAUGGUUGCAUGACCGGCUUUUUGAGAAAUAUAAGGGCAUAUUUAUUCCUCCUCUUCCAGAGAAAAAUGCUGUAGAGAAAUUCCGCUUCAGUGCUGAGUUCAUUGAGAUGAGGCGUCAAGCACUGGAUAUAUUUGUGAACCGGAUUGCUUUGCAUCCACAGCUCCAGCAAAGUGAGGAUUUGAAGACCUUCUUGCAAGUAGAUGAAGAGACAAUGGAGAGAGCCAGAUCGCAAGAGACUGGUAUAUUUAAAAAGAAACCAGCUGAUUUUAUGCAAAUUUUCAAGGAUGUACAGUCUAAAGUAAGUGAUGCUGUUCUUGGAAAGGAAAAACCAGUAGAAGAAUCAAAUCCUGAAUAUGAGAAACUUAAAAAUUACAUCUUUGAGCUUGAAGAGGACUUGGCUGAGGCACAGAAACAUGCUUUUCGUCUAGUAAAGAGGCAUAAAGAACUAGGGCAAUCACUGUCGGACUUUGGGAAAGCAAUCAAACUUUUGGGUGCAUGUGAAGGAAAUUCUCUUGGAAAGGCAUUUUCUGAGCUUGGAUCAAAGUCAGAAAUGUUAUCUAUUAAGCUACAGAAGGAGGCUCACAACCUGUUAAUGAAGUUUGCGGAACCUUUAAAAGAUUAUGUUCGUGCAGUGCAGUCUAUUAAGGCCACAAUGGCAGAGAGAGCAACCGCCUUCAAGCAUCAAUAUGAACUGGCUGAAACAAUUAAACUGAAGGAGAUAAACCUUGAUAAGCUGAUGCUAAUACGAUCAGAUAAGGUUGGAGAGGCUGAGAUUGAAUAUAGGGAGUUGAAGGUUGAAGGCGAGGAGGCAACAAAAAAAUAUGAGAUGAUUGUGCAGCUAAUGAAUGAAGAAAUUGUACGUUUCCAAGAACAGAAAACAUGGGACGUGGGCGUUGCCUUCCAUGAACUUGCAAAGGGACAGGCGCAACUGGCAAAUGAGAUUGCGGAUGCUUGGCGUAGUCUCCUCCCUAAGCUAGAAGCUUGUUCUUCCGCUCAAACAUGAAUAUCCUGGGAAAUUUCCUUCAAGACUCCCCCCAAAGGUCCCUCUUUCUUUGUAAAGGCAGGGUUCCAUGAGUUUUUGUAAAUCUUCUAUGGGUUGUUGUAGAAAUGCUGGUUAUUGUUCUUUCUGUAACUUUUACCAAUUUCAAACAUAAUAAAGCUUUUGGUCCUUCCAUCU